AUGGACACCUCCUAUAACGCUGCUGUGAAGGAAUUCCUGCGCUACCGAAGAGAGCUCCUUGCGAACAGCAUCGAAUCUGGAGAAUUCCAACAUUUGGUGUUUCCCCGGGACUUCGCAUCAGUCCCCAUCGUUCUCCUCGCUCUGUUUAUCAAGUGGCCUUGCAAUGGCCCUUUCAAAUAUACAAGACAUCUACUUUACUUCUAUUCCCUAUACUUGAACGUAUAUGUCAUUAUACACUGCCGGUCUUUAAUGGUCUUGGGUGGUUACGGCGUCGGGCUGAUAUUCUCCUGGCUCAGCAUAUGGAGUGCUGCCUUGCUCCUGUUCAACGAUGUGCAGGGGAGUUUUAAGAGGAUUGAACGGUCCUUUGUGCCACUUAAAGCUGUGAAGUCGGAUUUGCCUAAUGAACUGAAUGAGAAACUAGGCUCUGAUUCGGCCGGAUUAAGGAUUACUCAAAACCAGUCCAACUAUACCCAUGGGCAGGCGAAUGGCACGACGACUAGUGGCAAGCUGGUGCAGCGGUUUAGAUGGCAAGGCUAUCCAAAGUCUCUGGGUCAUCGGUUCAGCUGGAUCAUCGAUGUUUUCCUCAGUCACAGGGGACCUCACUGGAACUGGAGGCCAAAAGACUUCCCGCCUCUCCCUAAACAAGUGCAGUCCCAGCUUGCUCGUGACAAAGACACAGAACUUAGUGAAGAUGAGCUUUGGGAAGAAGAUAACAGGGCCAACCUAAUGGCUACCCUCUGUAGAACGCUGGUCUAUUACUUCUGUCUCGACUUAUUGAAAGUUAUAGUAAUAAGGGAUCCGUACUUUGUGGGCUACAUCGACAGCCCGCCACCCCCUUUUCUGGACUUCUGUGGAUUCCUUGCACCUAUGGUAGCCCGUCUUUACCGUUCCACCGUCAACGGUAUGGCCGUCUAUUUUGCAGUAGUGUUCCCUACAUCACUCUCUGCAACUGUCUUUCUUGCCAUCUCCCGAACACCGCUUCGAUUCAAGACGAGAAUACCAUUCGAAGCUUCGUUUCUUUACCCGCCAUACUUCGGGGACCUCCUGUCUUCUAUUUUGGACAGAGGAUUGAUAGGACUAUGGGGUACAUGUUGGCAUAAGCACUUUCGGGCUGGGUUUUUGGCCCCGGGUAAUUGGGUCAAGUCUGUGGUUUUUCUCAAGCUCAAUGGAGGGAUACAAUGGCCACCAUUGAUAUUCUGGGGCCUUCAGGUUUUCAUCUCUUUUACCUUGAGUGGAAUUGUGCAUUUUGCAGGCAGCUAUACUCAGAUGGCCCCGACAAACCCGUCGAGGCAGUUUCUAUUCUUCGCACUCCAGAUCGUUGGUAUCUUUUUACAGGUGCUUAUCGAGAAGCUAUCCAAACGAUUGAUGCCUUUCGAGGUUCCGUUGUGGCUAAAACAGUUAUCAAAGGGCACGUUUGUUUUUGUCUGGAUGGCUUGUUCUAGCCCUCUGCUUUGUGAUGACUUCGUGAUUGGGAGAGUUUGGGUAGAAGAGCCGGUGCCCUAUAGCCUAAUUCGUGCUAUGGGGUUCGCUACAGGAACCGGUGGUGCGAUGCGCUGGGAAGCUGAGCCCAUACGAUGGUGGGGGGGAGAAAGAUGGUGGGAGCGAGGUAUAAUUUUGUAG